GUGGUGUCCGAGUAGAAGCUCAGCAAGUACUACAUCCACUUCGUGUGAUCGUGCUCAACUCCAUUGAAUUCCUCUCAAAAUGCCUGGUCCCUGCUGCAUUGAUAGAUGCGAGUGCGCCGAGGGAGGCUGCAAGAAAGGUUGCUUGUGCAAGAGCUGUCGCUGCGAACCCUGUGAAAAAUGCACAACGGGGUGUUCUUGUCCUUCGAAGGAGGACUGCGCCAAGACUUGCCCCAAGCCAUGCAAGUGUUGUCCAUAGGCUAAGCGCCUCAUGACUGCCUGCAUGACGGUCUCUCCCGUGCGGCGGACGUGAGCAGGAGGAGAGGGAGAAGACUGAA